AUGCUGAGGGACCUUUCGGACCUUUCGGGUCUCGUUGGCCACGAGGAUGACGAGUCGCUACUGAUCUUGGACUGCGAAGGCGGCAACAAUGCCAUGGCUGCCAUCCGGACUUUGGUGAACGUUUUUGGGCUACUACUUGGGAGCCAGGUUGUCUUUGUGGCCAAUGGCAUGGCGACGGAACAGGCACUGCAGACCUUGGGCAUGUCCUUGGCCGCACGAUCUCUACUCCGCCUGGAGUCCUGCAAGCUGCCGGAGCAGGAGCUGGUUUUCGUGGUAAACAAGAACACCCUUCGCUAUGAAGGCUCCGCCCUGGAGAAGAUACUGGAACAGAAGUUCCAGCCUGAUGACCCAGGUCGGCAGGAGCUGCGAGAUACCGUCAGGGAGUGCUUCCCUCACAGAAGUUUCUUCACAGUCCCGUUGAUGGGCAUGCCGGCUUUUGAUGAGUCCUUGCGUGCCUUGCGCUCCCACCUGGUCAGCCAUCGCAAGCCGCUGGAAAUGGGAGGCAUCUUUGUGAACGGCAGGCACCUUGCGGGAGUGAUGGAGCUUGUGGUGGCAGAGGUGCAGAAGUCGCAACAGGUGAACGUGCCCUCCAUGAACCGGUACGUGAUCUACGAAGGAUUCCUGGUGCCGCUGACGCAGGAUCUCAGUGACCUUGCCCAAUCCCAACUGCCAGAGCUCUCAGACUACGAUCCUGCACUGGAAGAGAGGAAUCCGAUCGAGGCGACGCUGCGCCGUUUCGAUGAGGCUUGCAGCCACCUGAGCACGGCGACCUCGGUGGAGGCGCUGAAGGUCGAGGCUCGUCAGCUGCUCUCCUCCAAACUCUGGGACGUGUGGCGCUGGUUGGAGGCUAAGAACGAGGUGCUCGGGAAUGAGAUUCGCGACUCCGUGCAGGAAACACGUGAGGUCGAGAUCAGCAGUGCCAAGUCUCUGGUUGGUGGAGCUGGGCUUCUCAGCGAAGUGGUAGUCACCAAGCAGCUCUUCCGAGAGGAGGGCCGCACCGUCCUCUACCGAAAGAAAGGUGGACAUCCUGAGUGCCUGCCAUGGAAGUCGCUGGGGACCACUGUCACCCGGACGAAGGAGUUUGCAUUCGACUCUUUGCCUGCGCUUCCCAAGCUGCGUGGGUCUCUGCUGAAGACCAGCCCCAACACUCUGAGAGCGAUGCUCCGCCUUCUACGUGUUGAUCAACAGCCGCGACUCUGCGUGCUUCAAGACGGCCAUUUCAUGUGGUUUGAGGACGCUUCUAAAGCUGCUCAAGCUGGAGACCAAGCCAAAGGAUGCAUCAACUUCCUGGUGCACCGGGCUCAGAUACGACAACAUUCAGACACGGCCUUCGUGAUUUUUCCGGCAGAGCCACAUGGAUGGCGAGAGCCGUCGUCCUUUACCGGCGACUCCCAGCGAUCAUUCUCCUUUGAUGCCUGCGACGUGCACACCUGCACGCAGUGGAUAGAGGCAGUCGCAGAGCACAUCCGCUUCGGCAACUUGGCUGCUGAACAGCUGGGUGCGGCGCUGGGGUGGCAUGUGAAGGUUCAGAAGCCGAUGUGGUCCCAGCUGCAGCCCGAUGGUCUCAAUGACUCGCAGGUCUAA